CGGCGACUCGGGCUUUUCAGUAGUAGUCUCGCUGUACGGUCGUACUAGACAUCGACUUUUUAAAUUCCUAGGAUCUCCUCCUACUUGCUUCGAGACUGUUUCGAGUCUGCACCGAAGAUACGAAGAGAAGGAUAAACAAAAAAACUCGAUGCUCGUGUAAACGGAUAGUGUUCGCAACGCAACAUCCAUCGACGAGACGGAACAAAACGUGCUACCUCUCUUUGGCUAUUGUGUAGUACGAUUUAUCGAAGUUGCGAAUACGCAGAGACCCUUUUAUUUUCGGUGCAGUUUUGUAAACAAAGCGUGCUGUGCAAUAUAUAUAUCUCAUAAGCGAUAUUACGUAAUCCAUAAGUGUGUUGACGUAGUGUAGGCUGCUGUUUUUUUCCUCCUCGCAGAGGGCUCGUGUGUAAACGUCAGGCAUAUAAAAGUGCAAGAUACAUCGUAACAAUUUUAACGUAACGUACAUCCAAUAGGCGCAAGCUGUACACGUGAAAUUUAUCUAUGGUGUUGAUAUUAACAAGUGGCCUACGAGGUAUUUUUUAAAGUUUCGAAUAAGUGUUAUUUACGACGGCUCAAUAAAAUAGCACGAUCGGUGUCGUAUCUCAAAAUAUCGAAUUAUUUGAAUAGUGAAUUUCAUCUUAUAUAAAGUGUAUCUGUCGAUAAGCAGUUGAAGAAGUAAAAUAAAAAUCGUGAGAUUACUGCAGUGAUUGCUGAAUAUAAAAAGUGUUGUUUAACGUUUCAGUGCUUUAAUUUUUUUUUGUCUCUCUCGAGAAAUGCAUAAUCAGUCAUCGGCUAGCAGUCACUCAGCAACGACGUUAAUUACGAUUUACCACUCGUUGACUUCUGAUUGCCGGACAAGCGAGUAGUGGCCGUCGUCUCGAGCAGUUAGGACCAACAAAGAGCUGAAAUAGCGGCGGCAUUAGAGGGCCGUCGUUGCUGGGGACAAGUGGAGAGUUGUUUCUACGGCUACAACAUCCUCGUGCCCGAGUCCACGGCGCGUUGGGCUCCCCCAGGGGCCCGCGCCCCAACGCCCACCAAACUGGCGAGUGCCUUGGCAGCCGCCGGUAUGAACCCCUACCCCCAUCACGCCUCGCUAGGGGGCAGCCCGCACCAUCCGCCGCCGGGUUCAGGUUCAGCCGCAGCUGUAUCCAGCAACACAGGGCCGCCCGGUUCCGGUGGCGGUGGCGGAGGCGGCGGUGGCGCCGAGCCCCCGAGCCAUCACGGCUACGGCCAAGCGCCGAAUCCUGGACAGGCGGCGGCCGGCAACGGCCCCGCGACGACGCCCGAUCAUCCUAGUCCGCACUCGCCACCCUACGGGGCCGGUCCCCAGGACGGACCGGUGCCGCAGGCUUACCCACCGCACCCGGGCCAGCCCCAGGGCAUGAAUUCCAACGGGCACCAUCACGCCGUCGCGGCGGCGCAGGCUAUGAUGCAGCAGCAGCAACAGCAACAGCAAGAGCAGCAGCACAGGCAGCAACAACAGCAGCAGCAGCAACAGUAUGGCCAACAUCCGCAUUUACCGCCACACAUGACUGGAUAUCCGCCGGUCAAUCACAACAAUAAUUGCACGCUCAAGCAGGAGGGAGGCUCGGUUAUGUCGACGAACAUACAGCAAUGCGGUGGAUGCGGUAACAGGAUCGUCGACAGGUGGCUAUUGCACGCGCUCGAUCGCUAUUGGCAUAACAAUUGUCUCAAAUGCACGUCGUGCGGACUUGCGCUCGCCGAGAUCGGACCGUCCUGCUACGCCAAGGGCAACAUGAUUCUCUGUAAAAACGACUACACGAGAUUGUUUGGUAAUUCCGGGUGUUGUGCAGCUUGUGGCCAGACCAUACCGGCGACCGAGCUCGUCACGAGGGCAGGCGGAAAUGUGUUUCACACCAAAUGCUUUCAAUGCACAAAAUGCGGUACUCAGCUCACGUCAGGCGACAGGUAUUACCAACUAUCCGGUGCAGCAGUUUGCGAAACGGACUUCCACAAGAUGGUGAAAUCAUCAUCGGUGGCAGCAGCGGCGGCUGCGGCGGCCGCGACGGGCAAUGGUGCCAUGCCAGCGAGGAAAGGCAAAGUAGGCAGGCCCAGAAGAAGCCGCGAAUGAGGCGCCAACCCGGUCGGCCGCCCGAAAAAGGUCCAACCAAACGCCGCGCCAGUGACGUCACCAGUGGUUCUUCAGCAGCAACAGCAACAGCAGCAGCAGCAAGCCCAACAGCAGCAAAAUGCGACAGCAGCCGAUCAGCAACUGGUGGACGUUGGUGGUGUGGCCGGGUCGGACGCCUAUUCGCCGCCGCCACCGGGUCAUCAUCAACAUCAUUAUCAGCAACAGCAGCAGCAGCCACCACAGCAACAGCAGCCGCCCAUGUCCAUGAUGAAUCAAAUGGGCAUGGGACAUCCUCACCAGCAGCAGCAACAGCAUCAGGCGUCGCCGUCUUACUCCGAAUGGUCGUGGACGCCUGAACCUUGUGAUUAAAGAAAAGAAAAAACUGUGCCGUGCUGCGUGGUUAUAUCUGUGCGUGACCGCGACUCUGUAUGUGCGAUAAAUGAUAAAAGACUUGAAAUACAAAUGAACUUCUGGUGCAACUCUUUUUGUGAUCGCAGUGAUGAACUCUGCCUCGUGCAGCGCGAGAGCCUCGUCUCAGAACUUGGACAACUACAUUACGUAAUUUAUAUUAUACAUAGCUAUACGAAGGCUUAAUGACUCAUGUUGUGUUUUGGGAUUCCUUUUUUCCUUUCAUCUCUUUCUCUCAUUCUCUCUGUUAUAUACAUAGGUUUCUAUGAGCGAACAAGCGCCGAACUCGAUUGGGUGUGUUACUUCGUUGUUGUUUUUUUGCUCGUGACUUGUCGUCAUGUGAGAUGUUUACGUUUAACGUAAAAGUGCAACAGUAGAGACCCAGAGUUAGAAAAGCAAUAAUUAUGUUAAAUAAAAGAUCGGAUAUUGCUGCAUCAAGAAAUGAAAAAAAAAAUAGCAUCAUUGGAGUUCGUUCAGCCGUUCUUUGUUUCAACGCUCCAUUGAUAUUCGUUAUAUUUUUUACUCUUUCAUUUUUUGGUUUGCAUCCGAUUUACAGCAGAAAAACAAAGGAAAAGAAUCAUUAAAACUACAACAGUGCGAAUCGUUUUUCACCUUUUCUCGCUCUAUCUAUGUAUUUAUAUCAUAAAAAUAAUGAAUAAAACCCUCUGCCUCGCAGUUGUUGCAAUUUUCCCUGUGUUCGAGCCGAUCUCAAGCUGCCCGUGUUGCCGCGUCUAAAUAUGAGCAAAGUCGCUGUGUGUCGUCGUGUAAGCAAUAAAUUUAAUCGAGCGAGGCGCUUCUUUGCAGCGACGUAAUGCGCGCGAGAGUUUGUGUCUCUGUUGUGUGUGAGUGUAGUGAAGAUUUGACGCCAACCGAAUUAUUCCUCGAACGUGUCGCGCUGUACGGUUCGCGUUCUCGCUCGAGAUGACGGAAUUAUCUCGUAAAUUUAUCUUGGUUGUUCGCUGUUAGCUCGAUAACUGAGAUAAUUGUUAAUUUCGAUUGCAAAAUCAUUUCACGAACUAUUAAGUUUAUUUUUUUAAUAGAAUGAUGAUGCAUACUGAAACGCAUACGCAAAUGGUAAUCGUUUUGGGAUCCUUUGGGCGUUCCAUUCCUAGAGUAUUAUCAGCUUCAUUAUCGAUGCCGACAGCAACAAGUUAAUAUUGGCUCAGUAUAAGCAGUUAAUAGCUACCAAUUGUAUGUUCAAUUAACAUGGUUAAUUCCCUCCUCCGUGUACCCGCUAUAUCCAAGAAGGCACUCGAACCUGACUAGAAAAGCAAAUCAAUGCAAAUUCCUUUAUAUGCAAUAAUGUGUACAUCAAAAAAUCGUUUAUUAUCCCCUCCCGCGAAAACUCGUAUGUAUAAAAAUGAAAAGUACGCUCUCUGUAUGGUAUAUAGAAGACACAAGUUACAGAAACAAUUGACGAUUGUAAAACGAAGCGUAAAGUAAGCGUGAAGUGUCUUAAAAGUGCGCGAGAGCAAAAAGCUAAAAUAGUCAAUUCAACGGUCGAUAAACGAGAAAAACCAUUUGUGGCACUGUUGCUCUCGAUCGUCAUAUCUUCAAAGAAUACAAUUUAAUAGCCGUUCAUUGACUUUGCUCUUCACUUUUUCAAUCAUCAUCAUCAGGUCAAUAUUGAAAAUAAAAAUAGCAAACUAGUUCUAUUAUACGUGUAUGAUUAUAUAAAUAUGUUAUAAAACAUACGAAAAGAAAGUGUGUGUGAUUGUGUGAUGUGAGAGUUAAUGUAAGUGAUCGUGAUGAUGAAUGUUACGUUUAGAUUUAUCCUGUACAUAUUGAUAAGGAACGAGAAAAUAAAUAGUAAUAAUAAAACGAAUAACAAAAAAGCCUAGUUAUUAAAAAAAUGCCCGACGAUGUGAACGAAUGAAUAAAAAAAAAAGAUACAUUUUGUAUAUUGUUAAAAAAGAUUUGUGUGAUAUAUACAUUGGUUAAUCGAAGUCGAACUGUUUUUAGCCUGUUUAAGAAAAAGGAUUCUGCUAUACUGCAUUAGCCGAAUGAUGUCUCGAGAGACUCUGUGGCUUUACGCACGAGAGCCGAGCCUCGAAGUUUUGAGCCGGAGAAAACCAGUUUCAAUACCGAGCAUUCGACGCAAAGAAAAGAAAAAAAAGAAAUCAAUCAAUCAACGCACGAUGCUUUUUGAAACUAGUUUUUUUCUCGUUCUUUCGUACCUAUUGUUCGGGCUCUCUGUAAUGUUAUUCGGCGCAUUUAACGACGAAAAAAGGGCUACGCGUCGUCCGUACACAGAGUGCUCGUAUCGAGAGAUCUUUUGCCUUUUAGUUAAUUUUGUUAAUAUUUGAUUCAUCUCAACUUCUAGAAUUGUACUAGUUAGACAGCUAAUGCGUAAUAAAAAAAGGAAAGGAAGGGAUAAAAAGUCUAGUUGUCGCGAGCCUUUUUUUCCACUACGCUCGCAAUCGAAGCGACGAAGAAAAAGAAGCCAUUGUGUGGGCCCCGCGCGUCGUUGCCGAACUCUUGUAAAAUAUUAAAA